AUGGAUCCUCGCCCAGAUUUAUUUCUGGCAGGCAUGGCAAAAGGAUCUGGUUGUGACUUCAUUCGAUCUGUUUUAGCACCGUCCUUCCAGCAAUACUUUGAGGGGUUGACGGGGUCUGGUGUACCUGAGACAGAACCAACACAGGCCUUGAUACCGGGAUGCUCCGAUAAAUUGCGCCAACCUGUCAUCAAGGAUGUUGUUCGCGAGAGUAGAAAUGAUUCGAAGCAGGAUGUAUUCUCUGUGUCCACCCAAACAGACCCUAUUAGGAACGAAGCCAAAUUCGACCCCAUAUCUAUCUUCUACGAGAGCAUUCAAACUGCCCCCUCGGCUCGCGAAAUAUCAGCACGCGUCCGAGCAGAAUGUACCAAAGAGCACCGUAUUGCCCUGGAGCAGGCUUUACAAUCGUUAACAGCGGAGCACAAGUUGGCCCUGAACGCCAUAACAAACGUCCUCAACGCAGAACGGAAUGCCCGUGCGGCCGAGCGAGAGCAUUAUGAGGCCGAUCGCCGAGUCAUGCUUGCUGAGCAGAAGCGCCUUGAGGAUGCAACGAAGACCUUUGCUUCCAGACAAGAAGACCUAGCCCAACGAGAACUGGCUGUUCAGGCGCGUGAGGCUGAUCUCUCUUCCAUGACUAAGCAAAUCUUGAGUAGAGAAGAGACUAUUGCUACUGUUCAAGCGGAAAACAGAGAUUUGCAAGCUAGAAUAGCUGAUCUUCAAUCAGUGAUAGAUUCAUCAAACGAUCAAAGGAAGGCUGCAGACAAUGAAAUGGCUGUCAUGCAGCGACGAAUAAUAGCUCUGGAAGAAACUUUAAAGCUUUACGAGUCUGUAGCAAGAUACUAUAGUUCUCAGGUAGGGAUGCCAGGUGCUCCGGCUCCUAUGCUUCCUCCCUGUCUUCCCUUCCCACCUACAGCUGAUUCUCGUCCAACAGGUCACUUUCGCCAACUCCAAAAUGCGCCCCCCGAUUACUCACCGUUCACAAAUACUUAUCUACCCGAACCCCCCAUUAAUAUGGGGCCAUCUCCUAACAUGAACUAUGAGAGUGGACUAUCCGAUGAGGGCAACUCCGGGAACUACCAAGGAUCACAAGACAACAACUAUUUGCGGCAGCAGCAUUUAUAUUUGCGGCAGCAACAGCACCAAGCGUCCCGCCCAAUUAGUCACUUCAACCCUGGAACCGUACCACCUCCAAUGUAUUCCAACCCAAGGUAUCGCACCCAAGGUCAACAUGAUAAUCAUGCCCUGAGGCAAUUGCAACAGUUUGAAGACUAUAGCAGGCCAUUUUCCAGGCUUACAGCAGACAGACAGUCGCAGUUCCAUGUUCCUCCAAAUCCGAACCUUAUUUAUCAAGGGACACCGGCUCCUGAAUUGCAGGCCAUAGAUCCUGCCGCAGAUGCUCAUGGCGCAUGUCUCGCUAGCGAUAUUUACUUAAGUGAUCCUCGGUCAGACGCGACACCCCUGAAGGACUCCCAACAGCCCAACACCCAGGCUGUUGGAUACUCGGUAUUUCCCAUAAUCGAUGGCUUCUCCCCUUCUAGAGCCUCAACACUGCAGACAACUGUCCGACCCGGUUCUGCCCCGCCGUGCGGAGAGCUCCCUGAUCGGCCGUCCUAUAAGUCGACUAUGUCGGUGAAGGCCUUUGGGGACUCCAAAAUAGGGUCGAUCUCCCAUUCAAAGGCACAGGUGCACGCACUUGAAGAGGCCUUUUCAGAGUCACCAGAUCCUGUCACUCAAGGUUGCAAUGCUCUGUCUCCGAUCAAUAGGGACCUUAGUGGAAGGACAUCCCUGAGCAAGUUUAGCGAAAGGUCGAAUGCAUCUGACCCGGCGGUAGAUGUGGGAAGGUAUUCUGAUUCAUUGCAGAAGUCUCCAAUUAAGCAGCAGGCUUUGGCUGAUGAUAGUUUCAAGAGCUCCUCUCCAAUCAGAAAAUCUGUUACGAUUGUGGAAGCUACUGCAGUGAACGGAUCGGUACUAAAAGAGGGGUCAUAUCAAUACUCAAUGACCUUCGAUGAAUCGGCACACAGUGAUCUAGCUGCCUCGCGUCAACUAGUCGAGCAGCCACGUAGCCAGUUAAGCACAAGCGUACACACCGCACUAAAUGAGGAAAAGCUGCCAUCGGCAGCCCCACAGAAGACUGCAACGCUUGUCACAGCUGGAGGGAUGACGUACACUGUUCACCAUUCUCCUACUAACUCGACAAGUGCAUCAGCCAUGGACCAAAAGAGUGCUUAUGAAAACGUUAGCUAUGCCAACGACUUUGAUGACUUUUCAGAUGUGGGUCUACGGACAGGUGAACUUACUGCCAACAAUGCCGAUAGUUUGCACACCAACUCGCAAGGUGGUGGAAUUAGCCGUUCUCCAUCUAUGAACUUAUACGGCGACUUGGGUCCCGUGGAGAUUGCAUUUGACGAUUUCUAG